UUUUGCUGGAAUCUCAGCGCUAGACCUAAAAUGGCGCCGGCGCGAGCGCCCGCCCCCGCCGCGCACCAGUACCAUAGAGAAGGGGCGGGACGGAGCGGCCAGAGCGGCCCCUCCUCGUGUCUUCUCUAGGCGGCCGUAGUCCGGCCUCGCUGGUCCGCGGUGAGGGCGGGAGCGCGGGCGGAGGAAGGUUCUCUCACAUCAUGGCGGAUGAGGGCGACUCUGAGCCGAAGAAGUCCUUUAAACUCCUGGGAUUUCUUGAUGUUAAGAGUAUCCCUUGUGCACGAGAAUCAGUGCUCUAUGGCUCCCUGGGAUCUUUCGUUGUGGGUCUUGGACACUUCUUAGCAACUAGUAGAGUUAGAAGAUCUUGUGACUUUGCAGUUGGUGGCUUUAUUUGCACAAUGCUAGGAUACUGGUUUUAUUGUCGGUACAAUUUGGCUCAGCACAGGAUCCGUCAAAGAAUGCUUAAGGAAGGAAUGAGAAACAAAAUUUUGUUUGAAGGCAGUUCUCUUGAUCCAGAAAGAAAACAAACUGGCAAUGAAAGAAGUGAUUCAUAGUCUACUCUAGAGGAUUCUGUGGUCAGCUUUGGGAGAGGGUGGUCCAAAAUUGGCAAUCUUCCCUGUAUAUGCAUGAGGUGCCUAAAGCUUAUAAAUCAUGCUGGUUUACCUAACAAACACAAUCAAGAAACUAAUAUCAACUCUAUUCAGUUGGUACAAGCCUUUAUUUUGUAUAUGUAUGUAUGUGUAUGACUGUGUACGUGGUUAGGAUUGACAUCCUAGUAAAAUCUGGGAACUGAGGUCUUUCACAUGGUUUAUGAGGAUUACAUGGUGCAUUACUUUUCCAUUCAUGGUGGAACCUCAUUUGUUUUAGCAAAUUGGUAUCUAUGCCUCAUUUUAAUACAGGAAGGUAUUUUCAGCUGCUGUCCACUGUGUAAAUGUGUGUUGCACUGCUGCUCUUAAUUGUGCUGUUUGUAAAAAGGAAUACAGCAGGUGAAGGCAGUGCUUGUGCAAGGUGAGUAAUACCAGUAGUCUUCAUAAGAUUUCAGCUGCAGAGUAAGUUCAGGUAAUUUAUAUACACUGUGAAGUCAGAGAAUUUGCAUUUUUGUUUGCUCUGUGUGAAAUUAAGAAUAAAAUGACACUUGGGAAGAAGUCUAAGUUAUGUAAGUAACCAAUAUUUUUACUUGAUUAAAAAUCUUACACAAGACAUUUCCUCACAACUGGUGGAAUAACAAUUUACAUUAUUUGUGGCUAGUAGUUGGUUUUUUGUUUUGAAAAAGGCAUGUUCUACUUGUAUACUUCACUGUCCAUUUUCAGUGAAAAGGAGUAUCACUAUAGAAUUUAGAGGAAAUCAUCUGAUUUGGAAAUACAGUGUUAGAUCUAAUUGCAUGUUAGUAAAAAAAUGAAUGGUGCCAUAACGUUGCUUUGUCUCCAUCAGUAACACUCUGUACCACUAUGUACUUUUUCACAAUGUGAUUUACAGUAUAUUAUGCUUCAAGCACCUUUUUAAUCUAAAGGCAUUCACUGAGUGAAUGCUAGUUAGGCAUACUACUUACACUAGGAUGACAAAACAUUGACCUUCUGGAUUAGCCUCUCAAAAGAAGAAAAGAAAUUUGUAUGCUGUUCCAUUUUUUCCUCUUUUCCUCCUGUUUCUUUUAGAGAAAACAAUAAAGAUAAAUUUUAUGGA